AUGUCCACUAAGAUUCUAACUCCUCAAGUUCAAUGGGCUCAAAGAUCCAGUGAAACUGAUGCUGAUAAAAACUAUUUGCUACUGACUAUCAACAUUCCAGAUUGUUUAAAUCCAAAAGUUUCGAUUACUUCCACAAGCUUAAAGUUCGAAGCCAAUUCCAAAUCUCAUGAAGGUAAUGAAGAAGUUAAACAUAAAUAUGAAUUUAGCAUUGAUUUCUUCAAAGAGAUUAGCGAAGAAAAAACAAUGAAUAAAAUUGCCAAUGGCCAACAUUACUUCUUGAAAAUUUAUAAGAAAGAUUUAGGUUUAGAAUACUGGCCUCGUUUAACAAAGGAAAAAAUUAAGUAUAAUUUUAUCAAGACCGAUUUCGAUAAAUGGGUUGAUGAAGAUGAACAAGACGAAGUUGAUGACAACCAAAAUGAUAUGGAUUAUAGUAAUAUGAUGAUGGGUGGCGCUGGUGCUGGUGGUGCUGGUGGCAUGGAUAUGGCUGCUAUGUCACAGGCCAUGGCUGCCAUGGGUGGUGCCGGUGGUGCCGGUGGUGCUGGUGGAUUAGACAUGGAAGCUCUAAGAAAGACCAUUGAAGAGAGCGGUGGUAAUAUUGAUGAUUUUGCCAAGGGUGUCUCUGAUGAAUAA